AUGGACUACAUCAAGAAACAGAUAUGGGGACCUGACCCUAAGGAACAAAUGAGAAAGAUUAACCAGCUUCUUCGAAAGAAUAAGCGCGAGUUGGAUAGGUCGAUCAAUCAACUUCAACCCUUGAAAAAGAAAACUGAAGGAUUGAUUAGAAAGUCUGCUAAGGAAAAGGAUUACAAGACAGCUAAAUUGUAUGCCAAGGAAUUGAUUAACAUCAAUAGACAAUAUAAUAAAUUAUACACUUCCAGAACUAGAGUCGAAUCAAUAACAAUGUCUAUCAAUGAACAAUAUCUGAUGAACAAAUUGACCAAAUCUAUACAUUCAUCCACCUCAAUUAUGAGAGAUGUUAAUCUGUUGAUUCAUAUUGGUGCUGUUUCUCAAACAAUGCAGGAGUUGUCGAAAGAAUUGACCAAAGCUGGCAUCAUCAAUGAGAUGAUGGACGAUAUGGUGGACUUGGAUUAUGAGGAAGAUGAAGAGUUGGAAAGCGAGUCACAAGAGGAGGUUAACAAGAUCAUUGCCACAUUGACAGAAGAAAAGACUAGCAAAGUGUCCGAAGUUCCUACCACUCAACUUGAAGCACCACAUAUUGAAGAGGAGGUUCCAGUUACGGAAGAAGAGGAUGAGGAGGAUACUAUUGCCAUUGAUGAGAUAAAGCAGAGACUUAGAGCACUACAAUCAUAG